UGAGCCCGUGUCGUAGCAAGACGUUUCGGUAAACCGAGUGUUUUAAAACUCCAUAGGGUGUCGUUGUUUGACGGCAACAUGAUUCCAACGAAAAGCAGGCAACUAACUAUCUCCAAAGCUCUUCCCUUUUGUUUCCUCUAAUUCAAUCUUCCAUCUCUUAGAAUUCACCUGUAAACAUUCAUAUCCAUUAAUUUGUUUUUAUGAGUGUUGACAAUUUCUAACCAUGGCCAACCAACUCUCAUCAUACCCAAUAUUUUGUGCUUCUUUCAAUCAAGACUACAGUUACUUUGCAGUAGGGACGAAACUUGGGUUCAAAAUAUUUGAUGCAAAUACUCUCAGAUUGUGUUAUGAAAAAGAUAUUGGUGCUUUCAGUAUAAUUGAAAUGCGUUUCAGCUCUAGUCUUCUUGCUAUUGUUGGAGCUGGUGAACAGCCAGCUUUAUCUCCACGUCGCCUUUGUUUGUUUAAUACUACAACGGGAGCUUCUCUUCAAGAAUUAAACUUCUUGACUUCCGUUCUUGCAGUUCGUUUGAAUAAGUCGAGAUUGAUUGUUCUGUUGCAAGACAAGACAUUCAUAUACGACAUAGACAGUCUUGCAAUUUUAAGCACAAUUGAUACUGUGCCGAAUCCAAAAGGCCUUUGCGCAUUCUCCCAUAGCUUGGAUGCUUGCUUCUUGGCCCUUCCAGCAAGUACAACUAAAGGAUCAAUGUUAAUUUAUAAUAUUAUGGAGCUUCAGUCCCACUGCGAGAUAGAUGCUCACCGAUCACCCCUGGCUGCAAUGGUCUUUUCCUCUGAGGGAACAUAUCUGGCAACGGCAUCAGAACAAGGAACCAUGGUUAGAGUCCAUGCAAUACCUGAAGGCACUAAGUGUUUCAGUUUUCGUAGGGGUGCCUAUCCAUCCGUAAUAUUCUCCUUGUCCUUUGGUCCAUCUAUGCAUUUUCCUGGUUUCCUUGUGGCCACAAGCUCUUCGGGCUCUCUUCAUUUGUUUGUACUUGGGUCUGGCUCAAAUAAAAGUGGCAAAAAAUCAAGUAGUUUUAUCGGUGCAAUGGUUCCUGGCGCAAUUUUGGAUUCUGCACAUCAUCAUAUUUUACACAAUGCAGUUGCGGAAGGAGUUAAAAGUUAUGCAGUGAUACGCAAAGUACAGAAGAUUAACGAUGCCUCUAUGUCAGAAGCGUUUUGUUUCAGGGCCUCUAUAUCUAUUGUUGCGUAUGAUGGGUACUUCCGAGAAUAUAUAUUCAGCAUCAACCAUAAGAACGAGACUUCAUGGACUUUAGAACGCGAGUACAACCUAUUGACAGCGAUUAGUGAUAUUUCGACCAGUUCCUGAAGUAAUUUUGAUGCAUCCUCGGAUUAUAUUAUGACCUCUUAGCCGAUAUAUUGCUGCAUAAGUGCUGACAUACUAUCAUGCCUGUUGUCACAUGAUUCACUAAUUUUUUCGCAAAUUGCAAAUCGAAAAAAGCAAUUAAUUAUCGGUUUAUUUGGAUAUUCUUGGGCCAUUUUGUGAAUUCAUAAAGCGAAUUAGCUGACAAAUUGUGUUACAUUGGUCAUGGCGAAGUAAGUGAUUUUCUUGGGUGAAGGUGGCUAAUACGCGGAUGAAGCUUCACUUGCAAAGAUUUAUAGUGGUUGAUUAAUAAGAAUUUUUUAAAAUUUCUGCUACAAUGUAAAGUUUAGUGUCGUCACUGUACAGUUAGUAACUAAACAUUAUACGUUUGUUUAGUGUUACAUUAGUUCAUCAAAAGAAGGUAAUAAAAGAAUGGUAAAUGUUACCCUAAUUUUAUAUACUAUAGGCAUAAUUUUGUAGUGGUUUCUUCAUUUUACCCUUCUCCCUUAAAACAUUAUAUUGUGUU